UUUUUUGCCCUUUUUUUUUUUUUUUCUUUCGAGAUCGUUUCGUUUCUUGUAAUCUUUAUUGUCGACUUCUUUUCUCUAACAGUGCUGACGAUUCGCCUGUAUCUAUUCCAUGGCUAUCUACAUCUGUAUCUUCGAAACAUUCCAUACAUGCCUGAUCUACUCCGCAUAUAUCGUUACUGCUCCGCGCUGUAGUCAAGCUUCUACGGGCUUUCUGUGCUUCAUUCAUUCCCCACUUUUCCACAUUUGAAGCUCCCCCCAACCCGCUCCCUAGCUGCUUUCUCACCCCAAUGACAAAACAUUGUUAAUAAAGACCUAUACGGACCUUACGAACGGAUCAUGUGCCAAUGCCGCGUAUUUCUAACUUAGCCAUCCUAAGGGCCUAUCAGGAGAAUCCACUCCUUCCGUUAUUGCUCCGAGAAUGCCGAUCGCAUGACUCUGCAAAGAAUGAACUUCGCUGGCUCCAGGAGAGAGCCAGUCGCACUAUUACGUCCAAACAGGUUGCACGGUCUACACUCGUCCCCUUGGGGUGGAGAAGGCUCCUUAGAUCGAUGUGCCAUACUCGUUCGAAAGGAAUGCCCCUGCAGUAUAUCCUAGGCGAUCAACCCUUCGGCGAACUCGACAUCCUGUGUGAAAAGGGUGUGCUGAUUCCAAGGGCAGAGACGGAGACAUUCACCAUUCAAACUGCCAAAUUGAUCUUGGACAACAUUCAGAGGCACGGGCGUCAUGAAUUUGGUCAACAACAAGGUUCCUUCCGCAUAGUUGAUCUCUGUACAGGUAGUGGCUGCAUAUCGCUGCUCUUGCAUGCGCUCCUUGCCCCUCAUAUUGGUCGGCUUUCGAUUCUUGGGAUUGAUCUCAGCCCUGCGGCCAUUGGGUUAGCCAACAAGAACCUUGCGCGUAAUGUUCAACAAGGUCUGCUUUCAAAUCGUGCUGCCGCCGAGGUUUCUUUCCAGCACGGCAACGUUCUCACCCAUGACAGCACUGGACUUCCUUCGGCAAUGGAAGUGCUGCGCAAUUACCAAGGACUUUCCUUUGAUAGGGAGCCAAAAUGUGAUGUGGUCAUCUCAAACCCACCAUAUAUAUCCCCUGAAUCAUUUCGUGACGGUACUACCUCACGUAGUGUCCGGGUUUUUGAACCAAAGCUUGCACUGGUUCCUACGUCCGGAGAUCCUACUAUUGGAUUAGGACUCAGUAGACAGGCGGAUCUUUUCUACUAUCACAUCAUUUUGCUAUCAUUCCAGAUUCGGGCGAAGCUUGUGGUGCUCGAGUGCGGCGACCACUCACAGGCUAGGCGGGUAUCUGCUAUUGUCAAAACAUUGUCCAGCGGCUAUCGGCUGAAUUCCCUGUCCAUCGAGAUCUGGUCUAGUUCUGGGACACCCAUUAGUGACGAAACCUCUUCCGAGCAUGGACCCUGCGCAGUUGUUCUGCAUAACUGGGCAGUAGGCUCCUAGGGCAUUCUUGUAGUAUACAGUGGUCGAGUGGUGUUAGAACUUGGGACUUAGAAGUGGAAACUUAGGAGUAUGAGUAUAU